AUGCGUCUCACGCCAGAGUUUGUGUCUAAUACGCACUCGCACCUGAAUCCGCUCAAGGAGCGUGAGCUUGAUUUGCGAGGACUUGCCAUUCCCGUCAUCGAGAACUUGGCAUCACACCAGGGAACCUAUGACACGCUCAACUUGACGGACAACUCGCUCACCGUGCUGGGCAACAUCCCCCAAGCGCACCGGUUGCAUACAAUCCAUGUUGGGCAGAACCAGAUCUCGUCCAUCUCCCCCGCGCUCGCUACGAACCUCCCCAACCUCACGACCCUUGUGUUGAGCGACAACGAGAUCACGUCCCUCUCCACGCUCCUUCCCUUGGCCGACACGGGACUCCGCUACCUGUCCUUGCGAGGGAAUCCAGUAACGGCAGCUGAGCACUACCGCGAGUUUGUGAUUUGGAAGAUUGGGCGGGGGAAGCUGCACGUGCUCGACUUCCAGCGUGUGAAGGACUCUGAGCGUGUGCGUGCCAAGGAACUAUUUGAGGAUAGCUCUGGCGCGCCGAACGAGCUCGCACGCAAGCUCUCCACCUCCACGACGGGUGUGAGCGGAACGGCGUUGGCGGCGGCCAAGGCAAAGGGCGGGCUGAAGGGGCGCCUGAUGACGCCCGAGGAGAAGAAGCGCGUCGUCGAGGCGCUCACGAGCGCAAGCACCGCCGAGGAGGUGCGCAAGCUCGAGCGCAUGCUCGCCGACGGGCUGAUACCUGAGGGCGGCAUGGAGGCGAUCGCGGCAUGA